AUGCUGCUCCCCUCCCUGAUAUCCCUCCGCCACCUACCCACGCACAUCCCCACACCCGAAGACAUCUUCGACUGCACACUCGGCACCCUCUUCACCGACGACCUACAAACCCAGCACGGCACCGAACACCGACACAACUAUCAAUUCCUUACCGCAGAUCCAAACAAUGAAGAACAGAGGCGCAAGUUUGCGCACUACUUGUGGAAUGCGGGCGUCCUGCUGGGCGAAUUGGUUGGUGGGCGACCGGAGAGCGAAUGUGCAGAGCGCGAGGAGAAUCUGGGAGAGGGCGGGUGGUGGGUUAGUGAGGAGGAGGGGGAGUGUUGGAGUGUGGAGGGAGAGAGGGUGCUGGAGUUGGGUGCAGGCGUAGGAAUAGGUGGGGUUGUAAGCGCGCUGGCGGGUGCGAAAGAGGUCGCUAUCACAGACUAUCCCGCACCGCCUAUCUUGUCCGCUAUCAAGACCAACGUAUCGAAAAACCUACCUGAGGCCGUACGGUCACGCAUCACCGUCGAGGGACAUCUCUGGGGCUCAACGGAGACACCCUUCGAGAUGGAGCACGCACACAGCUACACGCGUAUACUGGCUGCAGAUUGUCUCUGGAUGCCGGGGGAGCACGAGAAUCUUGCGAAGUCGAUGCUGCACUUCCUCUCCGAAGGACCAAGCGCGCGUGUCUUGUGUAUAGCGGGGUUCCAUACCGGCCGCGCAAAAGUCGCCACAUUCUUCGAGGAGGUAGUACCGCAGCAGCGUCUUGCGGUGGAGGACAUAUUUGAGAUGAAGGCGGACGGCUCGCGGCGAGCUUGGGCGAAGGAGCGGGAUGGUGGGCGCGAAGACGUCGGCGAGCGGAAGAAGUGGCUGGUGGUUGCGCGAUUGAAGCGCGCAUGA